AUGGGUCAGAAGACAGUCCUCAUCACAGGUUGUAGUGAAGGUGGAAUAGGUGACGCUCUCGCCAAAACCUUCCACAAGAAGGGCCUUCGGGUUUUCGCCAGCGCUCGCAAUACCGCCAAAGUCCAACAUCUCAAGGACAUGGGUCUCGAAAUUGUACAGCUCGAUGUCACCGACGAAGAGUCAAUCAAAAGAGCAGUGUCAACCGUGAAAGCUGCGACCGGUGGAUAUUUGGAUAUCCUGGUCAACAACUCGGGCGCAGGUUAUAGCAUGCCUCUACUGGACUCAGAUGUCUCAGUCGCCAAAAAAAUGUUUGAUGUCAACGUUUUUGCUGUCGUCACCGUGACUCAAGCAUUUGCACCGCUUCUGAUUGCCUCGAAAGGAACUAUCAUCAACAUCGGGUCGGUGCUCGGCAAAAUGCCAUUCCCAUGGCAAGGAUAUUACAAUGCAAGCAAAGCUGCAGUUGCUAUUAUGACCGACCAGAUGCGCCUCGAAUUCUCUCCCUGGGGAGUCCGCGCAAUCCUCGUCACUACUGGCGCAAUUAAGACCAAGUUCUUCGACAACCUCCCGAGUGCGCCACGUCUACCGGAGGACUCCCUCUAUUACCCCGCAAAGGACGUCAUCGAGCCUGCAUUGGCUGGAGUUGAGAUAGAGAAAAAUGCUAUGGAUGUCAAUUCCUUUGCCGAGGUCGUGGUCAACAACGCACUCCGAUCAAGCCCCAAGAAGCAUCUUUGGUCUGGAGGCGGGGCUUUACUUACUUGGCUGGCUUCAACAUUUGGCUGGUCGACUGUAUGGGAUACGUUGCUCCCAUCUGCUGCUCAUUUGCCGGAAAUCACCAACAAGAUCCGCGCCGUGGAGAAGGCUGAACAGGAUCGGCAGAAGGCAAAAUAA